UCCAAUUUAUCUGUGGUAGAAAAGUGUGGGGUAGGUCGUGGUGUACUGAUUUUUCUGCGUUAACCUGAGACACAUUUUUAUUAUUUGUUUGCAAUACGAGUAGAGGAAGGAGUGUAAUUGAAUCCGAUGUUAGGAAGUGUUUAACGUUUAUUCCUUUUACGAAAAUGAAGUGUGGUGUUUGUGAAUCUGGGCAAUCAAAAUAUAAGUGCCCCAGAUGCUUUCUUUCAUAUUGUUCGUUGUACUGCUGGAAAGAACACCGGAAGAUAAAAUGUGAACCUGUACCACCACCAAAAACCGUGGAAGAGGAAGGCACCUUAAAACAUUCUCAGGAAUAUAAAUAUCAGACAGAAGAUACUGUUCCUCUAGACAGGCUGAAGUUGUUAGAAAGCAGUACAGUUAUGCAGCAGAUUUUUAAGAACCCACACCUUCAAGAGCUUCUGGUGUCUAUAGACAGUUCUCCCAACCCUGAAUAUGCAAUGCAGCUAGCUAUGCAGGAGCCACUUUUUAUUGAGUUUGCUGAUGAAUGCCUUAGAGUUAUUGAACCUACUGAGGAUGCACCUAAAUAAUUACAUUCUUGUUUCUUGAAGCAAAUAUUACAAUAAUUUUCCUGAUGUAAGAUACAACUUAAGACUGUCACAAUUGAGGUUCUUUAGCUGUCACUGUUAACAAACUACUUGAUCUGCCUAAUGUAUAUGUUACCAUAAAAGCCUGAAUGUUGGUGAAACCUAGGAUUUACCAGACAAACCGUGGUUUUACCAUUCACUGUUGGUGAAACCCCAUAUUCCACGAGAAGACAGUAAAAGUAAAGAGAAGUGUAUAAAUGUAGUAACUCACUCUUAUAAUCGAUGCUUUUUUCUAUUUUUAUUCCAUAAAUUACAAUUUUAGAAACAUACAUUCCUUACCUAAGUUGUAUUUUAAAAAACGUUUAACAGAAGUCAAAAUAAUAGAUAAAAGCAUUGCAAGAAAUGUAAAAAUUGUGAAAUCCCCAUAUGCACCUCACUGUGGUAGAGGAUGGGCGACAUCAAUAGGCGCUCUUGUCCUGGGGGCAAGAAAUUGUCCCCGAAGGCGGAUGAACUACCUAGUGUAGUCAGGCAAGGGGAAACCACCUGAUUAUAUUCCCAAGAGAGUCCUUCAUGGAUGGACGAAUCAAACGCCAACCCAUGAAGCGCCACCAUGCCUUUUUAAGGGUCAAGGACAGAGGAGGAGGAACCUAACCUAACCUUUUACUAUUACCUGCUUAUGGUGAAUCCUAACAUUUACCAAGACCCAUUGGUCAUCAUUAUCAUCUUCAUCAUAUUCAUCAAGUAUUAGGCCAAGUGGCCUGUUACGGUUUCAUUCCAUAUUUUUAACGGUCUUCCCAGGCUUCUCUUUCCAUUCAGUCUGUAGUUCAAAAGUUGGUUUGGGAUUCUAUUAGAGUCCAUUCUUUCAAUGUGAUCAUUCCAAUUGGCAUGAUAAUUCUGAAUAAAUUUAGAGACUGGUUCGACUUUCAAUUUUUCUAGAAUUUCUUAAUUUCUUUUGUGGUCCAAAAGUGUAAAGCCAGCAGUUUUCCUCAUAAAUUUCAUCUCUGCUGCUUGCAAUCUUUUUUCAUCCGCCUUUCUAAUUGUCCAGACUUCACUUCCAUACAAUGGUACCGGUCUUGCUAGAGUCCUGUAAAUGUUUAAUCUUGUAUGUUGCAACAAGGAGGGUUUGAAGACUUGGUUUAUGACUGGUUGUUUGUAUAAAUUUUGAGGGCAUAUAUUUCUCACCUUCAUAAGAUAGGGUGCAGCCUAAAUAAUUAAUGUGUUGACUUGUCCUAGAGUUUUAUUAUUUAUACAGAUUUUGCCUGAUAUUGCCUGAAAAUGCCAUAAUUUUAGUUUUUUCAAUAGAUAUUGACAUCAAAAUCUGAGGCAGUCUUUUGUAGAUUGUAUAUUGCCCGCUGUAGUUCAUCUUCUGAUUUGGCAAUAAGUACUUGGUCAUCCGCGAAUAGUAGGAUAUCUAAGAUCACGUUUCUUUUUAUUGGUAUUCCUCCAUGGUUUCCCCCUUUCCAGCGUUUGAUAAUUGCAUCCACAUAGAUUAUAAAUAAAAGAGGGGAGAGGCCACAGCCUUGUCUUACUCCUUUGUUAACUGAUUUCCAUUCAGAUGGAUUAGAGUCUGUUUUUACUGAAAUUUUGUUGUUACUAUAUAUAUAGUGUGGAUUAUUUUAUCAGGUAUGUUAUCAGCGGCUAGAAUGUCCAGAAGAAUGUUCCUAUUAACAUUGUCGAAAGCUUUUUCAAAAUCAAUAAAAGCUAAAUGGGUUUUGAUAUUAAGUUCCCUGUGUUUUUCUGUUAGUAUUUUUAAAGGGAAAUAUCUAUCACAACAUGAGCGUCCUCUUCGAAAUCCGUUCUGUUCUAACUUUUCUUUGUAGUAUUCAUAAAGUUUGUUCUUUAUGAUAUUGGCAUAUAUCUUAUAACCUGAGUUUAGUAAACUGAUCCCUCUGUAAUUUUAACAAUUUUUAAUAUCUCCUUUCUUAUGAAACAGCACUACUACAGCUUUCUGGUGGGAUUCCACCCUGCCAAAUUAAGUUUAGAAAAUAGAGGAAUCAAUAUUGAAAGUCCUCUCCAGCAUAUUUGAAAAGCUCCGGGUGAUUUGUUAUUUUUUGAAUGUUUAAGGACAUUAAUUAGUUCUCCAAAUGAUAUGAAAUCUACAAAUUCGUUGUUUGAGGAUGCCUUAGUCAGUUCGCCAAAUUUUGAUGACCAUAAAUUUUUGAAGUAAUCAAGCCAGGUCUGUUUUAAUGCUAUGUAUUUUCACAUUCUCUCUUAUGUCAGUUCUCAACUUUUUAAGUAUUUUAAAAGUCUGGGGGUUUGGUUUUGUAACAUCUCUUUCUAGUUGUGCGGCAAAAUUGUCCCACAUUUCUCUGUGCCUUUUUGUGACUUCUCUUUUUGAAAUUGCCCGUUUUCGUUUAUAUUCAAUUUCAUCUUCUAGACAGCAUGUUGACAGAUAUUUUUUGAAUGCCAGUCUUUUUUCAUUUAUAACUUUUCCUAUGUGUUCUUCCCAUUUUUGAAUACCUUUCCUUCUAUGCCAUUUGUUUCUUAAACCGAUGCUUUCUGUAGCUGCUUGUUUUAGUAUAUAAGUAAGGUUAUCCCAUUCUUCCUCAAUAUCACUACUGAUUUUUACUUGUUGAAGCAAUGUCAAUACUCUGUUCUUGAAAAGCCAUCUUAUGCUUGUAACUCUCAAAAGAUUUAUCUUGAAUGUUUUAUCUAAAUUUCUGGUUUGUUGUUUUUGCUUGAACUAUCUAGGAGGAAUUCUAAGAGGUGAUGCUAGUAAAUAGUGAUCUGUUUCUAUCUCUGGGCCUCGGUAAACUCCGACAUCUAAAAUAAAAUCUGAGGCCUUCUGGUUUCAUAUUAUGUGGUCAAUGAUUGAACGUGAACCUCUGACUGACCAAGUGUAUUUAUGUGCAUCUUUGUGUUGGAAAAAUGUGUUCAUUGUUUUCAAAUCAUUAUAAAGAGUGAAGUCUCUCAGUUUCACACCAUUAUUAUUGCAAAUUGUUUUGCUGAAUGUGCCAAUAUUACUUCUGGAUUUGUUGGUACCAAUUCUAGCAUUAGUACUACCAUGUCAGAUUUGUUUAUUUUAUCUAUUAUUUUUUGUAAUAGCUUGUAGAAUUGAUCAUUUUCCUCCUCUUUUCCUUCAACCAGGGCAUAUAUACCCAGGAUGGUUAAGUACCCCCUAUAAAUUUUGAGCCUAACUUCAAUUAUGUCAAUAGUUCUUUGGAGCGAUUUGUGAAUCAUUAGCAUUACUCCAGCUUGAGCCCUCUCAUUUCUUCCCACUCCAUGAUAAAAACUGAAGAUAGUUGUUUGUUUCUUUAGACCCUCUGUAUUUCUUUUUUGUUUCGGAAAUAUCUGCGACUUUUAUAUUUUUCUUUGCAAGUAAAACAUCUAAUUGAUCUUUGAAAGCAAUGCUGCGUACAUUCCAUGUGGCAAUAUUAAGUAUUCCUUUCUUUUUCAAUUUAUUUGUAACCAUGUUUAAGCCUAGGUAGUCAUCAUUAAUAGCUGACUGGGUUGUAUUUAUUUGAAACUUGAAAGCAGUAUAAUUGUCCUAUCCAUUUGGUUGCUGGCCAAAGAGCAAUUCCAGUGGUAGGAGUGCUACCUCAACCUCUGGACAGGCUUUAUUCAGGUGGUAUUUCCCCCAGCCCAGAUGAAAUGGUUAUACCGCCAUGACUCGGUUGUCAGAGCCUCAUUUGUGGUAACAGGGUGCACCGCUAGAAGGUGGGGUUGACAGUAAGGUAGGAGAUGCUCUAGGAGACGUGUCCUACCCCUUGCACCUCGACCCAUUGGUAAUACCCCAAAAUGCGUUUCUGACUUUUACUGCCUGCUUAUGGUAAAUCCUAACAUUUACCAACGCCCAUUGGUAAGACCCUGAAAUAAGACGUGAAUAGUUCUUUUUGGGACUUUUACCAACAUUGUUUCAUAAAACCUAGGUUUGUCUGGUAAAUCCUAGGUUUCACCGACAUUCAGGCUUUUACAGUAACAUACAUAUUUGAUUUUAUAUGACAAAAUCCUUAUAGAGAUUAUUUGUGAUUGUUUUAUGUAGCUUUUAUAAAACCGAAGUUUUUUUCAGUAGAAUUGGUGGCUGAGUUAAAUUCUACUAAUUGUGUGUGACCAUUCAGUUCAAAGAAGGCCUGAUAACAAGUAGCAGGAGCUCAGUCUGUUCAGAAGCUAGAUGACAGAUGUGUCGGCAGCCAAACUGCACCAUUACAAGUUUGCUCCUGAUUUUUGCAUUGUGUUGUAAUAUUCUUUUCUUAUGGAGAAGACAGAUUUGUGUAGCUAAGCCAAGAAUUUGAUGUACAGUAUUCGUGAAUACAUUUGCAGAUAAAUUUUGCAUUCACUGGAGAUCAGUGUUCCACAGUGCAUUUGGCACCACUGUGUGCUGUAUGUUCUCUUGUUUUCUCCCUACCUCCUCUACUUCCUUCAAACCCACAGUACAUGUGAUUCGUGCGUGCAUCCACCAAUUCUACUGAAGAAUAUUGUAAACUUUUUGUAAAUUUGACAUCUGUCGACCGAUAUUAGCUGUUUUACAAAUAAACUGGAUAAUUUUGAUA